CAGUUCUUACUUCAUCAGCGUUAUAUCUGGAGACUGGAGAGGACAAAUGUGGUCCGGGAGAGACGGGGACGACCGAUCGGUGAUUGGAGUAAUAAAUUUUCUUCUAUUCGGUUUCGUGACUUUCGUCUUCACUUCUCCGUCUUCACCUGCCGUGACAGAAGCGAGUAAAAAGAGCGGAGACCCAAAAUUACCAUUUUACCACUAUUGCUGCUUCUCAACCCAAUCUCCAACAAAAUCAAUCAAAUCUUUCUCAACAAGCUUAAUUCGUCACAGAGAGAGAGAGAGAGAGGAGAGAGAGAGAGGGAUUUGGUUGUUCUGUUUUCCCAGUUCAGAUCUCGGCUGUUGCUUGCCGGAGUUCGGUGUCUUAUUGGGUCGCCAAUGUGGAUGGAAGUUGGGGUGGGGCAGGGGUGAUGAGAUGGGAGAAUCAGGAAGGUUCGGUGGUUGAGAUGUUUGGUAGUUGUAGAGUGCGUUAUGGUGGAAUUGAGGAUCGUUUGGAUGUCCUAAUUUCAGUGGCACUGUGGCAAAAAUGUCAGCUCCGUUGGCGACUUGCGAGAGUCCGAGAGCUGGAGUUCCGAAUACGGUAUUCAAGAGUGGGCCUCUUUUCAUUUCAUCAAAAGGGAUAGGUUGGAAGUCAUGGAAGAAGCGUUGGUUCAUUCUCACACGGACAUCUUUGGUUUUCUUCAAAAAUGAUCCUAGUGCACUACCUCAAAGAGGUGGUGAGGUAAACCUGACUCUUGGUGGUAUUGACUUGAAUAAUUCAGGGAGUGUUGUAGUUAGAGAGGAUAAGAAACUGCUGACUGUACUAUUUCCUGAUGGACGUGAUGGCCGAACAUUUACGCUUAAGGCUGAGUCAUCAGAGGAUUUAUUUGAGUGGAAGGCAGCACUUGAACAGGCCCUUGAACAAGCACCAAGUGCAGCCCUUGUGAUGGGACAAAAUGGCAUAUUCCGGAGCGACACGACUGAUACAAUUGAAGGAUCUUUCCAACAAUGGAGAGAUAAACGCCCUGUAAAAUCAUUGGUUGUUAGGAGACCAAUUUUGCUAGCUUUGGAAGAUAUAGAUGGGGGCCCAUCCUUUCUUGAGAAAGCUCUUCGCUUUCUAGAGAUGUUUGGAACUAAAGUAGAAGGAAUUUUACGACAGUCUGCAGAUGUAGAGGAGGUUGACCGCAGAGUUCAAGAAUACGAGCAAGGGAAGAGUGAAUUCAGUUCUGAUGAGGAUCCUCAUGUUGUUGGUGACUGUGUCAAGCAUGUUCUUCGAGAGCUACCGUCCUCUCCUGUUCCAGCAUCCUGCUGCACUGCAUUGUUAGAGGCAUAUAGAAUUGAAUGCAAAGAAGCUCGGGUUAAUGCCAUGCGCUCUGCAAUAUUGGAGACAUUUCCAGAACCAAAUAGGCGAUUAUUACAGAGAAUUCUUAAAAUGAUGCAAACAAUUGCUGCUCAUGCAUCUAAGAAUCGGAUGACUCCAUCAGCUGUUGCUGCUUGCAUGGCUCCCUUGCUACUUUGCCCACUUUUAGCUGGUGAAUGUGAAUUGGAGGAUGACUUUGAUGUCAAUGACGAUAACUCAGCUCAGCUUCUUUAUGCAGCAAAUGCCGCUAAUAAUGCUCAAGCUAUUGUUACAAUUCUUUUAGAGGAGUACGAGAAUAUAUUUGAUGAUGAUAAUCUACAUAGGUGCUCUCUUUCAGCUGMUUCUCAGAUGGAAAACAGUGGAAGUGAGGAGUCUACUGAUGAUGAAAAUCUUGAUACGAAAGAGAAUGGAUACCAUGAUGCAGAAAAUGAAGUUGAUCCAGAAAUAGAURAUGAUCCUGAACGUGUGUUCAGUGGAAAAUUGAGUGAAAGCAGUGGUUAUGCUGGCAGUGAUUUUUAUGAUUACAAGGCAUUUGGAGGUGAUGAUUCAGAUGUUGAAUCCCUUAGAAACAAUCAUACUCUGGGAAUGAGUCUGAAGCAAAUUGUAGAUUCUGAAAAGUUGCUUAAUGAUUCCAAUAUCCUACUUAAUGAGCAGAAAGGAUCAUUGAAAAAAGGAAGUGAGAAUCCAGUGAGUGAGAUGGAUGCAACUAGCAAUUURCCUGGUGAUGUAUCUCAUCGCUCAAUGGGAGAGAUUCUGCCAGGACUUUCCGUGCCAAUGCCUGGACCUGAAUCUUGUGCAGAAAGGCCUUUGAGUAAACUAAAUGGCUCCAACCACAAUGGGAAGCGCUCAAACUUUAGGGGAAAGAAUGCUGCUAGGAAGAACCUGUCCAUGGAGUCAAUUGACUCUUCUGGUGAAGAAGAGCUUGCUAUUCAGAGGCUUGAGAUCACAAAAAAUGACUUACGCAACAGGAUUGCAAAAGAGGCCAAAGGGAAUGCAAUCUUACAAGCAAGUUUGGAGAGAAGAAAGCAAGCCUUGCAUGAACGGCAUUUGGCACUCGAACAAGAUCAUGUAUUCAAAUGUUCACUGCUCAUAGUAGUGGUCUGUCACCUAGUUGUUGGUAUAGAUCAACCUGGUUUAAGGCUACAAGAGCAGUUGCAAGCUGAGAGAGAUCUUAGAGCUGCCUUAGAGGUUGGUUUGAACUUGUCUUCUGGACAGCUUUCUAGCUCCUGUGGAAUGGAUUCCAAGACUAGAGCAGAGCUGGAAGAGAUUGCCCUUGCUGAGGCCGAUGUGGCCAGGUUAAAGCAGAAAGUUGCAGAGCUCCAUCUUCAACUUAACCAGCAGUGCCAGCAUCACUAUGGCUCUCUUUCAGAUGCAUGUGACUGUUAUCAGCACAUCCAAAAUCUUCAUCCACAGCAGAAGUUUCUUCAACAAGAUUUUGAUACGACCCUUGCCGUCUGCAACCAUGAAAGGAAGCAAAGAAGUGAAGAGAGCUCAUCUGGUGGGGACUGGAGGACCAUCGAAGGUCAAGUAUUACCGUCUCCCAGUGGUAGCUGGCAGUUUUCACGUAAGCAGUGUAUGAACCCUACAAGCCUGAGCGAUUUAAGUACAGAGGCAUCUACAAGUAUUAAUAUUGAUGAGCUCUGUAGAAUUGAUUCCUGCAUCCUGCCCUCGUCACGGACAGCAGAGGGGAUGGAAUAUUUGAGGCAGCCAUCUGUAGCAUCUUCCGCCUUGGUGGAAUUGACGACACGUCUUGACUUCUUCAAGGAGCGGCACUCCCAGCUCAUGGAACAACUCCACAAUCUUGACUUGGGCUAUGGGGCGACUUCUCCACCGGGCUUGCUGUACAAACCGUCAUCCCCUUCAUGGAAUUAAAAGGGAUGAUACCUGAAAUGGAAAUGUGAUUUGAGAGAGUGAGCUUUUGUAUAUUCUUGAUAUUUCUGCAUAUAUCCUUUGUAAUACUUUGCUGUUUUGCAUCUUUCUCUUUAUUUGUGGGAAUGUGUUGGAGUGCUGUUCCUGGAAGGUUUUCUUAAUUAUUUAAUUAUUUUCUCA